AUGGGUGACCGGCUACGUCCGGCGAUUCUGGCAGACGCGCCGGGCCGCGUCGUCACGCUGAUCGAGCGAGCCUUCUGGGAGCAACUGACGGACCACCAUGCCACGGCGCCUGAAAAGGUCUGGGGCACCGCGUACCGCAUCCAGCGGGACCACGUAGCAGAGGUCAAGGAGUAUCUGGACAUCCGGGAGAUCAACGGGUACACGAUCCACUACACGCCCUUCUACCCGGCGGAGGGCUCGUCGGCCGGGCCCAUCCGCACGCUCGUGUACAUCGGGACGCCCGACAACGACCAGUUCACCGGCCCGCAGGAGGUGCAGGCGCUGGCCGAGCACAUCUACCGGAGCGAGGGCCCGAGCGGGCUGAACCGCGACUACCUGCUGGGCCUGGAGCGGGCGCUGGACGAGCUGAGUCCGGAGAGUGGUGAUGAGCACGUCACGGACCUGUCCAAUCGGGUCCGGGCCAUUAUUGCGAGCAGGACGGCGGCGGCGAAGGCGGCGGCGGGAGAUCAAGAUCAUCAGGUCAAUUUAGACACCAACGACAUCAUGCGUUCGCCUCCUCCUGUCAAACCUCAAGAAGAAGAAGAUAUUACUACUACUACCAACUCUGCUACUCAUCACGAGUUCAGAAAAGUCAGCAGCAUAGAUGAGCAAGAAGAGACUGAGAAAAGUCGCUGA